GGCCCGGGGCGCGCAGGAAGCGGGUGCGCGGCGCGGAGACGCCCCAGCUCGGGGCCGGCAUGCGCCGACGCGCGCCCCGAGCCUGAGCGGCGCGGGGUCCCCCCGAGCCAGGGGCCAUGGGGCUGCCCACGCUGGAGUUCAGCGACUCCUACCUGGACAGCCCCGACUUCAGGGAGCGCCUGCAGUGCCACGAGAUCGAGCUGGAGCGCACCAACAAGUUCAUCAAGGAGCUCAUCAAGGACGGCUCGCUGCUCAUCGGGGCUCUGCGCAAUCUGUCUAUGGCGGUACAGAAGUUUUCGCAGUCGCUACAAGAUUUCCAGUUCGAGUGUAUUGGCGAUGCGGAAACGGAUGAUGAAAUUAGUAUUGCUCAGUCUCUGAAAGAAUUUGCAAGACUGCUCAUUGCAGUGGAAGAGGAAAGGAGAAGGCUGAUUCAAAACGCCAACGAUGUGUUAAUUGCACCACUUGAGAAGUUUCGAAAAGAGCAGAUAGGGGCGGCAAAAGAUGGAAAGAAGAAAUUCGACAAGGAGAGUGAAAAGUACUAUUCGAUUCUUGACAAGCACCUGAAUUUGUCUGCCAAGAAGAAGGAAUCUCACUUGCAAGAGGCAGACACGCAGCUCGACCGGGAGCACCAGAACUUCUAUGAAGCAUCACUGGAGUAUGUCUUUAAGAUUCAGGAGGUUCAGGAGAAAAAGAAGUUUGAAUUCGUUGAACCGCUCUUGUCCUUCCUCCAGGGCUUAUUCACGUUCUACCAUGAAGGCUACGAGCUCGCCCAGGAAUUCGCGCCCUACAAGCAACAGCUGCAGUUCAACCUCCAGAACACACGGAAUAACUUCGAGAGCACACGCCAGGAGGUGGAACGGCUGAUGCAGAGGAUGAAGUCGGCCAACCAGGACUACCGCGCCCCGGGUCAGUGGAGCAUGGAGGGGUACCUGUACGUGCAGGAGAAACGGCCGCUGGGCUUCACGUGGAUCAAACACUACUGCACCUACGACAAGAGCAGCAAGACCUUCACCAUGAGCGUCUCGGAGGUGAAGUCCAGCGGGAAGAUGAAUGGACUUGUCACCGGCUCGCCUGAAAUGUUUAAAUUAAAAUCUUGUAUCAGACGAAAGACAGAUUCGAUUGACAAACGAUUCUGCUUCGACAUUGAAGUGGUUGAAAGGCAUGGCAUCAUCACCCUGCAGGCCUUCUCGGAGGCGAACCGCAAGCUCUGGCUGGAAGCCAUGGACGGGAAAGAGCCGAUUUACACGCUACCUGCCAUAAUCAGCAAGAAGGAAGAAAUGUACCUCAAUGAGGCUGGUUUCAACUUCGUGCGGAAAUGCAUCCAGGCUGUGGAGACGAGAGGCAUCACCAUCCUGGGCCUCUACCGGAUCGGCGGUGUGAACUCCAAGGUGCAGAAGCUCAUGAACACGACGUUCUCCCCCAAGUCUCCUCCCGACAUUGACAUUGACAUCGACCUGUGGGACAACAAGACCAUCACCAGUGGCCUGAAGAACUACCUCAGGUGCCUUGCGGAGCCACUGAUGACCUACCGGCUACACAAGGACUUCAUCAUGGCCGUCAAAUCUGAUGACCAGAACUACCGGGUGGAGGCUGUCCAUGCGUUGGUGCACAAAUUGCCUGAGAAAAACAGAGAGAUGCUGGACAUCCUGAUAAAGCACCUGGUCAAAGUGUCCAUGCACAGCCAGCAGAACCUCAUGACCGUCUCCAACCUCGGAGUCAUAUUUGGCCCAACUCUGAUGAGGGCGCAGGAAGAGACCGUGGCAGCCAUGAUGAAUAUUAAAUUUCAGAACAUUGUAGUUGAAAUCCUAAUAGAGCACUAUGAAAAGAUCUUCCAUUCGGCCCCAGACCCGAACAUCCCUCUGCCCCAGCCUCAGCCCCGAUCCGGAUCCCGAAGGACGCGUGCCAUCUGCCUCUCCACAGGCCCCCGCAAGCCCAGGGGCCGGUAUACUCCAUGCCUGGCGGAGCCCGACAGUGACUCCUACAGCAGCAGCCCCGACAGCACGCCCAUGGGCAGCCUCGAGUCUCUGUCCUCGCACUCCUCCGAGCAGAACAGUGCCGCGAAGCCUGCCUGUGGGCAGCCCCGGGAGAAGGCGGGGGCCGUUCCCUGGAUUGCAUCCCCCUCCACUUCCAAUGGCCAGAAGAGCCUUGGCCUCUGGACCACCACGAGCCCUGAGUCCAGCUCUCGGGAGGACGCCACGAGAACGGACGCUGAGUCGGACGGGCAGAGCGUGGCUUCGGUCACCAGCCCCGGGGAUGUCUCCCCACCCAUAGACCUGCUCAAGAAAGGGCCCUAUGGGCUGUCGGGGCUGAAAAGGGCCUCGGCGUGCUCUCUCCGGUCCAUCUCCGCAGCUGAAGGAAGCAAGAGCUACGGUGGCUCCAUUCAGAGCUUGACUUCCAUCGGCUCCAAAGAGACGCCCAAAACCCCGGCCAACCCGGACCUGCCGCCCAAGACGUGCAGGCGGUCCAGGCUGGACACGGCCUCGAGCAACGGCUACCAGCGGCCUGGCUCCGUGGUGGCAGCAAAAGCCCAGCUGUUUGAAAAUGCCAGUUCGCUGAAGCCAGUUUCUUCUGGGCGCCACGCCAAAGCCAUGUACUCCUGUAAGGCGGAGCACAGCCAUGAGCUCUCCUUCCCGCAGGGGGCGAUCUUCUCCAACGUGUACCCGUCAGUGGAACCAGGAUGGCUGAAGGCAACUUAUGAAGGCAAAACAGGACUAGUUCCAGAAAAUUAUGUUGUCUUCCUCUAAUACUAUUUAGUGGAUGGUAGUAUCUUCAUGGUAUCCAUGGUAACAAGUGCUAUGAUUUUAUCUGACACAGAUAUGGGAUCAGCCCAUGAAAUCAAACGCUCAAUCUCUACCAAGUCCUAUACCAGCAGACUAUGUAGCUUCCUGUCAAUGGAAAAGGAAAGAAGUUUGAUUUGCCAAUCUUUCACUCUUUGGCUGGUUUCUUAUUUAAAACCGUCUUGCCUUUUUUUGGAUAAGUAACUUUAUACAAUGUCUCUUCGAUAACAAUUGUGAAAUCUCAGAUACCGUUUUUCAGAACUAUAUCUCAGAAAUUUGGAAACCCAGAAAUCUGCCCUUUAUUGCCUUGCUGUUCUCUGAGGAACCUUGAAAUCAUUAUUUAGAAAUGUAAUUUAAAUUGUUCACUUAUUAUUCUGUCUUAAAAAUAUACUGCUUUUAUAUGAUUGUUUUUGCUGGUCCUAAACAUUUCAGGAACAUUAAGUUUUUGAAACAAUAGUAUUCCAAAUAGUAAUAACUGUCUAAUGGCCUUAAGUUUAAAGGCCCAGUAAGUCAUCUAUGACUCCAUUCUAAGCAUUCCAGACCCCUUACAUGGGUUCCAAGCCGGGGCCAACAUACUGAUUCUCUACAGGCCUGGGAAGCAACCUGGGUCUGCAGCCGUAAGACUGAUGAGCAUGAACUGUACACUUUAAACAUCUAUUUAAAUGUAUUUGGUUGGGGGCCAUCCUAAAGUAGGUGGCCAGCCCGAUGGAGGGAUGGUUUGCUGACUGUGUAGAGGGUGUGUGAUAUGGACGGACGUGGGGACUCUGCCACGGCACUACAGUGGCAUUAGAAACAAAUACAAUCGGAGGAAAAUAGCUCAGAAAGAUGCCACAGCAUCAGUUCUACUCAUGGGCAAUUGAUGUGUGUGUGUGUGUGUGUGUGUGUGUGUGUUUUACUGAUAUUUAAUUGUGGCUUAUGAGGGAUUUUUCAUUUUCCACUUCCAAAUGUUAAGUGUGUUGUUUUAAAGUGCUGUUAGGGACACGCCACUUAUAAAAAGUCUAGUUGAAGCAGGAUACUUCAAUUAGCAAAGUUUAAAAUGGUUUCAUCGCUUUUAGGAAGCAUCAAAUCUACCUGAUCCUUUUGCUGUUCCUAAUUCAGUCUACUGCCUCCGUAGGAAUCUCACUGAACUUAAAGAGCAUGGGAAUAGAGGUAUUUUCUCUAUGCUAUCAGAAUUUACAUCAACCGUUAUUUUAAUAAAUCCAGAUUCCACAGAGCUGGCUUCCUGCCUGUGUCUGACCCAUCAUGGACCCUCUUGUUUUGUCCUCAUUCUCUACUGCCCACGCUGGCAUGAACAGAGUUGAAGCAUGUAUCUGGGAGUUAGCCAGUUGGAUGACAUGGAAGGGAGGGGGGAGCUGUAAACACCAGCGAUCCCUGGUGCUGGGUGGUCUGGUGCCCCCCACCCAACCCCAUCUCCUCAGCAGCCUCGGCCCUGAGUCACAUGGCCGAGCACUUCUUGGGAGCCAUCUGUGGUUUGCCCCCAUCCUAGAUAUUUCGAGACCCCUGCCCCCAAUAUAUCAAAUUAAAAUUGGAAUAAGUAGGCUUUGAAUGUAAAGAGAGUCAUCACAGAAUCCUAUCCAGACAUGGACGCAAAUGCUCUAACAAGGGCGAGUCCAACCAAGGAGGAAGUUUGUCCUCCCAAAGUCCCCUCCCCUACUGUCUGCCCGCCCGCUGGCGGCCCCUGACCUUCGUGCUGGAACAGAAAGUUGUCUUCCAAUGUACCAGUUUCCGCACUAGCACUCUUGCCAUCCUGCUUGCUGCAUCCUGCUGGAUUAGAACCUCUUAAAGCAAAUUGAUUUUCUUUCAGAGACCAACUUGACUCCAAAAAGGGAUUCAGAAUCCUACUUCACUUGCUACUGCAGAAAGAAAUCUUUUUAAAAAAAAAAAAAAAAAAAAACCACAGACCAGAGUGUUCCUGCAUCUAGUUGUCUGGGAGCUACUUCCACUGACACUCGGUGAUGAAUCGGAGCCUCUGUGCUUCAAAGGCCUGGGGUGUGAAAUCUAGCUCUCCUUUCUCAUGAGAAGGCACUAGGGAGAGUACUUGAGGCUCCUUUCUUAAAACAAGCUACAAAAAAAAAAAAAAAUGCUUGUUUAGUUUGUGCUUUUGCUCCAACUUGUGUGGAAUUUUAGGGCCCUACUGGGCAGUGCUCAGGGGUUGCUCCUGACUCUUCUCUCAGAUAUUGCUCCUGGCAGUGCUCGGGAUUGAAAGUGUGUCAGCUGUAUGCCAGUGCCCUACCCACUCCCACCCUCAACUUUAAAUUGUGCAGAUUUGGGAGGCUGAUGCCUUGUGUUCACUUGAUUGCUCGUGUAAGCAAGUCUUGGCUAUUUGCUGGCCAUGCACUCAUUCUGCACCCAGGGAAGAUUGUUUCUGGUGAGCACUGAAAAAUAAUCAGGGCCAGCUGUCCCCUAAAUUGUUCGGGGCAUUAACCGCAAAUAUAGGUCUUUGAAAGAGGAGACUCAAAUUCAAAACUCAUGCAUCUCAGUGACAGCUUAGCUUUUCAGAGUCAGUGUGAUACUAGGAAAUGUGAGGACGACCACCAUAGUGGACCUCUCACUGCACCAUGAUAAAAUACUUCCCGAGCACAGAACACCCACUCACCACCAGGGAACUGUGUCAUGGCCAGUGCUUCAGGCUGGGAGAAGAGAGAUGCCUCAGGCUUUCCCUGCUGGGAAGGCUGGUGUCUGAAACCCCCAACCAAGUGCCCUUUGCCCUUGUGAAUGGCCUGGCAAGCUCUUGUGUUUUGUCAUUCAAGUGAGGUUUCUGGACCCAUGGCCCUCUGACAGGUGUAGGGGGAAAGGAAAAAAAGAGAACUGUAGGUCAGUCUCACUCAUCUGGGUUCCCUAGCAGGAUGCACUCACCUGGGUCACACCCGGGCAAGGCGCCAGCCCCCAGCCUCGGAGCAGCUCAGCCAGAGUCCCUCAGCUUUCCUCCCUGCAGACAGCACUGACAGACCAUCUGCCACACUCAGAGGCCUGAUUUGCACUUGGGACUUGUGGGAGUGCAGUUUAAGACAGACUGUGCCCUGGGUAAGCAGCUUGAUUUGACAGUGACAGGACAGCUCCGAGGAGGAGUUCUGACUCCAGGAGCAGAAACCCCAAGUGGCACGGUGGGAACACAGGAAUGUGUGUCCUUGUUCUUGUGCUUUGCUGAGAACCUAGUGGCCAUCUCCUUCAGUCGCAUACACUGUCGGGUCCCAGCUGGUCCCGUGGGCCAGGAUCUCCCACAUCCGUCCUGGAAAACACACAUGGACCAACAGCUCUACUGUCCAGUCUCAGAUCCAUGAAGUGACUUUGUUCUGCAAAGAAUCUUCCUGCAGUUUCUUAAACCCAGAAUCUCAAACCUGACGUCACCCAUCCCCACUAGCAGCAGGUGCCCAGAGGCUGAUCUGAGCUCAAGGCCACUGCCCAGGGCAGGGGGCCCAUUGCAGGGGAGACUGGGUCUGUGAGCCACCCCUGAGGCACGGCCACCCCCCUCUACUGCCUCUGUCCCCACGGCACGCUGCUGGGCACAGCUGGGCUGACUUUCCGAAACCCAAGGGAACACACGGUGGCCCCGAGCUGACACCUUGGCAAGUAAAUAGAGAGUUUGGCAGGGAUACGAUGUUGCUUUGAAUUCAGAUCCUAUUUAUAUACUGCUAAAAUCCGAGGUACUAUAGUUUAUAUAAAGGUUGACUAGAUAUUUUAUUUCAGUACUAGGGGGUUUCUUGGCAGCCAUUAACAUGACUAAGAAAUAUGAAAAUGAUUGUCAGUUAAAUUAUCAUUGAAUUUUUUGUUUAUUUUGUAGUGUUUCUGUAUUUAUCUGCACUUUGUGUAUAUAUAUAUAUACACACAUACAUACAUACACAAUCAUGUAAAUAACCUCAUGCUGUUUCUAAACUAAAUCGCCACACUAUCUUUAAUGUAUGUUUACACUGUGUUUUAAAUCACUUUAAAAAUAAACUAUGUAAGCAUG